AUGCGGAUCGGAACCAUUACACAAACUGAAAAGGACAAUUAUGAUAUGUUUUGUAAAGUAAUAACCAACGGACAAAUUCCUGUUAUUUGCGUCAUAACUGGUUGUGAGAAUGAAGAUCCAAUGUCAGAGUGGGUAAUAACCAAUGAAAGUACUUUUAGUAGAAAUGAAAUGACAUUUAAUGCGAUGGUGGGAACUUGUUUUGCAAAAGGUGGACGUUUCGAACAAAAUUAUAGACCAUUGAGAGAAGAGUCAGCUACAAUGGUAUGGGAAGCUAUUAUGGCUCAUUCCGCAAGGGUGCCUGUUGAUUUUUUAAGACAAUCUGGCGGUUUCAGUGCUGUGGUCAGAAGAGUAUGGAAUCAUUUCUGUAAUUGGAUCGGUCAAAAUGCAUGGAGAUGGAUCAAUCAACACGUGAGAGACAUGCUAGUCCGUCUGGGUUUUACAUCGGAUGAGGCAGGUGAGGUGGCCCAACAAUUUGACUGA